AUGCGGGUGAGCUCCCGGUGGCUCGUGGGGCCGGAGCGGGGGACGGAGGCGAGGGGCUUCGCCCGCAUCUCUGUGGAGCCCGGGGACGGCCGGCUAAGCCCGCGGGAGCCCCGCGGCGGCCUCGUGCGGCCCUGCUGUCCCCGCGGCCCGAUGGCGCCACCCGUGGACCCGGCGCAGGUUUUGGUUACCUUCAAGGAUGUGGCCGUGACCUUCACCCAGGAAGAGUGGGGACAGCUGGACCUGGACCAGAGGGCCCUGUACCAGGAAGUGAUGCUGGAGACUUGUGGGCUCCUGGUCUCACUGGGGCAUCCGGUUCCCAAACCAGAGUUGACCCAUCUACUGGAGCACGGGCAGGAGCUAUGGACAGGAAAGAGAGGCCUCUCCCGUAGCACCUGCUCAGGUGACAGUGCAAAACUUCAGACCAGGGACCCAAGCACUUCUCAACUGGUUUUGUCUGAGGGAGCCUUGCUCCAGGGAAGCCUGACUCAGGGAUCUUCAAGGGACUCCAGGUUGGCGCACGCCAGGGUUUGGGAAGGGCUUUUGGAAAUGCAGAAAGGUCAACUGAAGCCUGGGACAGAUGCUCAAAAGGAGACCCAUCUUGGGAGAAUGAGCCUUGAAGAUGACGGUUUGGGGACAGAUGAUAGUCUGCACUCUCAGGGACACGUUCUCCAUGAAUGUGACCCACAGGGACCAGGUAAAGGCCACAUGAUUCAUGCAGGGAAUAAUCUCUACAAAUGCAAGCAGUGUGGGAAAGGUUUUAGCCGAAAGUGGUACCUUGUUCGACAUCAGCGGGUUCACACUGGAAUGAAGCCCUAUGAAUGCAAUGCGUGUGGGAAAGCCUUUAGCCAGAGCUCAACCCUUAUUCGGCACUACCUCAUUCACACCGGGGAGAAACCAUACAAGUGCAUGGAGUGUGGGAAGGCCUUCAAACGCAGGUCCUACCUCAUGCAGCACCAUCCGAUUCACACUGGAGAGAAGCCCUACGAGUGUAGUAAGUGUCGAAAGGCCUUCACCCACCGCUCUACUUUUAUUCGGCAUAACAGGACCCACACCGGAGAAAAGCCCUUUGAGUGCAAAGAAUGUGAGAAAUCAUUCAGCAACAGAGCACACCUGAUUCAGCACUACAUCAUCCACACUGGAGAGAAGCCCUACGAGUGCAUGGAGUGUGGGAAGGCCUUCCGAUGCAGCUCAGAACUCAUGCAGCACCAGCGGGUUCACACUGGGGAGAAGCCCUAUGAGUGUGCCCAGUGUGGGAAAGCCUUUCAUCGGAGCACGUACCUCAUUCAGCACUCCAUCAUCCACACGGGGGAGACGCCAUACAAGUGUCUGGAGUGUGGGAAGGCCUUCAAACGCAGGUCACACCUCCUGCAGCACCAGCGGGUUCAUACUUGAGAGAAGCCCCCUCAGUGCCAUGAAUGUAGAAAGGCCUUCACCCACUGCUCCUGCUCCUCUUUUGUCCUUCAUAAGGGGAUCCACACUGGAGGAAGAAAAACAAAAACCAAAACCCUUUCAGUGUAAAGAAUUUUUGUUGGCUCUUCAAACACAUGAGUAGUCACACUGGAGAUGACGCCUGUGAUGCAGUGAACACGAGAAAGCCUCCAGCCACGGCUCCGCCCCCACUCAUCAUUGGAUUCAUACCGGAGAAAAUUUCGAGAAGGCAGGUCACCCAUGGGUCCACCUCUGUCAACAUCAGAGAAAGCCCUGGGGAAACACAUUCUGAACGCAACUACUGAGGAGUCUUUAGCCAGAAGACUCUUACCAUCUGAGAAUUCAUAAUGAUCAGGAACCACAUCGAUGUCAUUACUGUGAGAAAACCUGUGGACAGGUCAGCACUUACUGUUAUGUCAAGAGUCAGAUGGAAUGGGACACAGUGUGGGCCUUAAUGUGCCCAUGAGAAGCAUGUGGGAGACGGACAGUGGGUACUGUGCACUUACAAAGACCUCCGGCCACCGAUCUGCUCCUUGGUUGACACUUAGACAGCCAUCUUAGCAUUAUUUUUAAAAGAAGAAUAAAAAGAAGGGGAUGGAAACCUAUACUCUAAACUGAAAAAAACAAAUGUCUUCACAAACUCUUUCAGAUUUCCCUGCCAAACCUAUUAGUUUUUCAUCAGUUUCAUUAUUUUGGUGGGGGAAUGUUUGAGAGAAAGGGUCUCAGCCCUUUGUUUUUAUGUGUGUGCACUGCUCUCCUGUAUCCGGAAGCUUGGACAGUGAAGGCAGCUCUACAGACAUUUGCUAGAAGCCUUGUUCCACAUCUCUACCCUCAAGGAGCAUCAUUCUUUGUGAGAAAUAUGAAGGCUGAGUCAUGAGAUACUUGAACUUAGAAGAAGUUAGAAUUCUGAAAAUAACAUCACAUGCCACUUGCUUCUGAUGUUGUCUGAAGGAUCUGCAUACAACAGCCACAUUAAAACAUGCUCCCUCCAGACUGUUUAAGGCUUUGAUAUUUUUAAGUAAAACUCCUUGUUUGUGUGGUUUUUCAA